AUGAACUGGAUGAAAAGCUGCACCUCCUUGCGACUACUGACCGGCUACAUCACGCCUACGUACGCGCAGCUCUGGCAUGGCACGAGUUUCUCCAAGACUGUCGUCGCAUUUUCGGCCUCUUUGAUCGGUGGCGGGUUCCAGCGCGUUCGGGAGUACGCCCAGCUGGCACCAGAGAAAGAUUGCGUUACCAAGAGCAGCGAGUACGUGCCAGCAAAUUGGCCAAAAACUGGUGCCGUAGAAUUGCGGAAUGUCACAGUUCGAUACAACCCUGAUGGACAGGACAUCCUAAAGAGCAUCUCUUUGAGAAUUGAGCCUGGCGAGCGCAUUGCAAUCGUUGGCAGAACCGGCAGCGGGAAAAGCACACUGAUUUCAUCUCUCCUCAGGUUUGCAAAUGUCGUAUCUGGCCAAAUACUCCACGAUGGAGUGGAUCUUCACGCGAUUCCACACAAGCGUCUACGACAAUGCAUUUCCACGAUUCCACAAGAGGCACAACUAUUUCAAGGAACUCUUGCUUCUUACCUCGACCCUUCCGAAACGGUUCCAGAAUCAGAACUUCAGAACGCCUUAGAUGUGUGCCAGCGCAUUCUUCAAUCAGCAGACGAGGCGGGGGAGAGGCUUACGCUAUCAACCAUAGUGAAGUCUAAGGGCGAGAACUUUUCCCACGGCCAGCGGCAGGUACUCUCGCUAUGUCGCGUGCUGAUCCGCCAUUCUAAGCUUAUUCUUCUAGACGAGGCAACGUCAAGUAUGGAUGCACGCACUGACGCUAGUGUGCAAGAAGCACUUCGCACUGAGCUCUCUCGUAUAGGCGGCAAAAAUAGGGUUCUUAUAACUGUGGCUCACCGGCUGCAGCAUGGACUAUGA